GGACUCGAGCCCGGCGGGGGGACGGGCAGGGGGAGCGGGAGCCCCCUCCCGAAGCCGCCGCCGCCCCCUCCGCAGCGUCGUCGUCGCCGCCGCAGGCUGACUCCUCAGUAGAGAUUGGGAGAAGCAGCAGAAGAGAAGCCAAACGUUCAAGCUGAUAAUUCAACAGAACUUUUCUCUGAAUUGAGGGCUCAGAGUGGAGCCAUCAUGAGCGAUGUUACCAUUGUGAAAGAAGGCUGGGUUCAGAAGAGGGGCAGUGUCAGGGUGACAUCAUACUCAUACACUGCCCUGAAAGCCACAUAAGAACAGGAUGUAAGGAGAGCAACUGUUUCACUCUGAAUUAGAGAAGUGAAUGUGCACAUAGACCCAACCAUCAGAUACAGGAUUUUGACAGAGCUGCAGAUGCAAGAUUUGGAAAGAGGUACCUCUUCAGUAUUAAAAUUCCCUGGUCUUCCUGCAGGAAAGCCCUACUGGUGACAGCAGUCAGUUCUGGAUCAUUCCUGUAUUAUGUCGCUGACUCUGAAGAGCAGGAGGUGGUGCUCAUAUAUGAAUAAGCCGCAGAAAAGUUGAAGCUCAUGUUUCAGUCCAGUGUAUAUCACCUUCCCAAUCAUUCCACUCCAGUUUUCUAGAGUCCUUCAGCAAAAAGGGGGGCAUCAGGUCCUGACAUUUUUAAUCAAAAGAAACAAGAAAAACAUUUUUUUGAGAGAGUUUGUGUGGGAAUUUUUUUGAUGUAUGAAGCAGUAAAGGGAGAAUCUUUUUUUCCUUUUCAAUUCACUAUUAAAUGUCUCAACUCUGAUGCAUUUUACAAUAAAGUAACUGAGAUAGAGAAAUUGUGAUUCACUUGGGAUUACAAGGUGCGUGAAAGAGUUCGGAAUACAACCCUGGAGUAGUCUCCUACGUCUUGACAAAUACUCCUUUCCACAGAACAUUGAGAUCUUAAGGAGAAUAUAUCAAAAAUUGGCGGCCAAGAUACUUCCUGUUGAAGACAGAUGGUUCUUUCAUAGGGUAUAAGGAGAAGCCCCAAGAUGUGGAUCUACCAUAUCCCCUCAACAACUUUUCUGUAGCAAAAUGCCAGCUAAUGAAAACAGAGCGACCGAAGCCAAAUACAUUUAUUAUUAGAUGUCUUCAGUGGACAACUGUCAUAGAGAGGACAUUUCAUGUAGAUACUCCAGAGGAACGGGAAGAAUGGACAGAAGCCAUCCAAGCUGUAGCAGACAGGCUUCAGAGGCAAGAAGAGGAGAGAAUGAACUGUAGUCCAACAUCACAGAUAGACAAUAUAGGAGAGGAGGAGAUGGAUGCUUCUACAACUCAUCAUAAAAGAAAGACAAUGAAUGAUUUUGACUAUUUAAAACUACUGGGGAAAGGCACUUUUGGCAAAGUUAUUUUGGUCCGAGAGAAGGCAAGUGGAAAAUAUUAUGCGAUGAAGAUUUUGAAAAAAGAAGUUAUUAUUGCAAAGGAUGAAGUGGCUCACACUCUUACAGAAAGCAGAGUAUUAAAAAACACUAGACACCCUUUUUUAACGUCUUUGAAAUAUUCCUUCCAGACAAAGGAUCGUUUGUGUUUUGUGAUGGAGUAUGUUAAUGGGGGAGAGCUGUUUUUCCAUUUGUCGAGAGAACGGGUGUUCUCUGAGGACCGCACACGCUUCUAUGGUGCAGAAAUUGUCUCUGCUUUGGACUAUCUGCAUUCUGGGAAGAUUGUGUACCGUGAUCUCAAGUUAGAAAAUCUAAUGUUGGAUAAAGAUGGCCACAUAAAAAUUACAGAUUUUGGACUUUGCAAAGAAGGAAUCACAGAUGCAGCUACUAUGAAAACAUUCUGUGGUACACCAGAAUACCUAGCUCCUGAGGUAUUAGAAGACAAUGACUAUGGUCGUGCAGUGGACUGGUGGGGCCUGGGAGUUGUCAUGUAUGAAAUGAUGUGUGGGAGAUUACCAUUCUACAACCAGGAUCAUGAGAAACUGUUUGAACUAAUACUAAUGGAGGACAUAAAAUUCCCUCGAACUCUCUCGUCAGAUGCAAAGUCAUUACUUUCGGGUCUCCUGAUAAAAGAUCCAAAUAAACGCCUUGGUGGAGGCCCAGAUGAUGCAAAAGAAAUUAUGCGGCAUAGUUUCUUUGUUGGGGUAAACUGGCAAGAUGUAUAUGAUAAAAAGCUUGUACCUCCUUUUAAACCUCAAGUGACAUCUGAGACAGACACCAGAUAUUUUGAUGAAGAAUUUACAGCUCAGACAAUUACAAUAACUCCACCUGAAAAAUAUGAUGAGGAUGGUAUGGACUGCAUGGACAAUGAGAGGCGACCACAUUUCCCCCAGUUUUCCUACUCUGCAAGUGGACGAGAAUAACUUUUUUUUUUUUGUUCUGCUUCACUGUCAUCUUAGUUUUAUAACUGAAAACGAUUCCUGAACAUCACCACCAGUACUAGCCAUGAAGAUUGCAGGGGCACUUUCAGAGGUCAUUCAAAAUUGAAAAGUUCCCUUCCUCUCCAACAGGCCUUUUUGUUUUUUGCAUGAAAUUUUGUAUCAGUCUGAGGUCUCCUCCUGUUGCUGCUCCCACUGUCUCAGUAUAAUAGCAACAUCAAGAAGUAAUUUUGAAAUCUUUUGAAGUCAGAUGACUUAAAUCCUCCAUUGUAUACAGUGGGGGCUAAAAGAAACAUGUUGGUUCCCAAUGCAUUUUCUCAUUUCUGCUAGAAGACAAAUCAGAAUUGUAAUUAAUCUAAAAAGACGAGUUUAUAAUGUUUUCUUGCAUCUGUUUGUGCUGGUCAGAACAAAGAAAGAUAGAGGGUGGUGAUGUAAAUAUGCAAGGUUUUUGUUAGGCAUAUCAUUACUUGAAGCAGGUCUGUGUCAUUAACAUCUGGCUGGAAUGUGUUUGGGAAACAUUUGAGGAAGAACUUGUAACUGUUCAUAUAUAUAAAUAUAUAUAUAUUAUUUUUUAAUUACUGUUGGAUGCUACAGAAGAAGCAUAAGGGCUGGGCUUACCCAGCCUGCCACUUAGACUUCCAGAUUCAUGUGCAAUCAUGGAGAAUUGAACAUUCUACAUGCAAGAAACUAAGGCAUAAAAGCAGCAUUUGAAGUUGUUUAAAGGUCUUAUAAUUUGCACCAGAUAACAUCUUUCUCAUGCUUUUCUCUGUCUUUCUUGAUAUACAUCACCUCGGAUGGCUGAAGAAUGUAGACAGGCAUAAUGGUAUUGCUUUGCACCAAAAUUUGUGCACCAAGGUAAACAGGUGUUUGCCAUAUUUGUUUUUAUUUUGAGUUUGUGAAUUAGCUUUUCUCCAGGUGUUUAACUCUGAAUAUAUAUAUUUUUUGUUAUACCGCAGUAGUAUUUAUUUUUAGUGAUAAGGACUGUAUGUGUCAUGUUUGCAAAUGCUGCUACAUCUUAGAACAGGCUUAUAGCAGUUUAUUUUGUAAUAUAGGGAAGGACUGUACAAGCUGAAGAGAAUAACGCACUUUUUCUCCCAUGUGGAAAUUUUAACAAGGCUCUGAAAUUGUACAUAUUACUUAGAAUUGGGCUUUUGUGGAUGAAAUACUGUCAUAUAAUUCUUUGGUGCUGUAGAUGAGGACAUUCCAACUCCAUGUGCCAAGAGGUCAAAAAUGCUAUGUCUGUGCUCCACUAAAGUAAUAUAAAAGCCUGGCAGCACAACAGAAAUUUUUGGUUUUAUAUGGAGAAAAUACAAACAAUUGAGACCACAAUGAUUGCAAGAAAAGCACUUUAUUAUAAUUCUGCAAACAGUAGAUUGAUGGGAACAUUUGCCCUGAACCAAAUAGGUAAUGAAACUCAGCAUGUAAAGUAAAGUAUGACUAUGAUAACUGACUGACUGACUUUAAACCAUAAUGGUAAACACCACACAAAGGAAAAUGUUGUCUUUUCAUUUCUGAGGAUGUGUGCACAAACCUUAGCUUCGGUCUUCAUUAAAGAUCAUUUUAAUAAUAAACCUUUUGGUGCUAGGAGUUGGAAUAUUCCAAAGUUGCCAGGAAGUGCAGUAAGGGUGAGUAUGUGUCCUUGCUAAUGACAUCAGAAAACCCUGGGAUUAUUAUUGAAGUACCUUGUUAGCUCCCAUGUAGAAUGUGAUAUCACAGAGUAUUAUUGAUAGCAUUGUAUCACUUGGUAAAUGACUUUUGAAAGAAGAAAUGUUCAUAUGCAGAUGCCUUAUCCUCCUGCUGUUUAAAGUUUAGAUAUCUUAGCAUGAAGAUCACUGCUGGCAGUGGAUGUGCUGAGGUGGUCAAGGGGUAGAUGGGCAUUUUAGCAAGGCAGCUAAGACAGACUCAUUCAGAUAAUUUUUCAUGUUUCUACCUAAGCAAAGUUUUAUCUUUAAUAAUCAACAGAUAAGAGGCGUAUCUUUUUGUGUAUGCACUAACCCAGGGGUAGGCAACCUAUGGCACAAGUGCCAAAGGCGGCACACGAGCUGAUUUUCAGUGGCACUCGCAC